AUGCAAUUCAAGGCCAUUGCCCUUACUGCCAUUGCGGCCAUCGCCCCUUUCACUGCUGCCGUUGGCCACGCCAUCGUCGAGAACCACUGUGAUAACAACGCCUACCUUUGGUCUGUUGGCAGCCAAGUUGGCCCUCAGAACGUUAUCACCCCGGGACACACUUACUCCGAACAAUUCCGCUACGAUCCUGUUAGCGGAGGCAUUGCCCUUAAGAUAACCCGCACCAAGGAUGGAAUCUACAACGGUUCCCCACAGACUAUCUUCGCAUACACCUUGACCAACUCCAAUACCUUCUAUGACCUGUCGGACGUUUUUGGUGAUGCUUUCGCCGGCACCAGCGGCCUGUUGGUUUCGACCUCCAACCCCAACUGCCCAGAUAUCUGGUGGGCCAAUGGUGUCCCUCCUGCGGGCCAGAAGUUCACCUCUGCCUGCCAGAGGGAUGCUGAUAUCACCUUGACCCUUUGCGCAACCGCACCAAAAUAA